AAAUCCGCGGUGCCGAUUGCGCGGAUGACCCACAAGCCUCCUUCUGCGGCGACCCCAGCAGCGCCUCCGCACGGCAGGGUCCGACAAUAGUUGCAGAAGCUGCAAGGCGUCUGAGAGUUGAUAACCCCGAUAACACAGCUUACAGCUCCUCGCGGCAGGGUCCGACAAUAGUUGCAAAAGCUACAACCUCCAGGGCGAGUCAAUGUGCAAGACAUCUGAGAGUUGAUAACCCCGAUAACACAACUUACAGGAAGGGAGAAUAUACAGCUAAUAGAAGGGACUUCUUGCACAAUUGCCAUGAAGGAAGCAAGAACCUUGCAACUCCACGAGGGAGCAACUACUGGGGCGGAGGAGUCCAAGGUGCCAGAGAGGGAGGGGACUUAUGCAGAGGGCACAAGGACGACAGAGUGGAAAGCAGGCUAUUUUCUGGAAUGCGCUUUAUUCUUCUUGGCAUCCCUAGUAACCUGAAAAUCGAAUGCAGAGAUAAGAUCAUUCGCAUGGUGGGACAGAUGUUACCUUCUACUGAUUAUGAUAUUGCGACUCACAUUGUCCUGAUGGUUUGCUAAUCUGCUAUAGUGUUCAUAUAUAUUCUGGAAGUUUACACGUCCAUUGUGCUGAAUGCUGAUAUUAGGAGGAUUUGUCUGCUGGUGCCAAUCUUAUAUGGAGGACCGAUGGGAAAAAAGUUGUUAAAAACAUUUGGAUUGAUUUCUGCUGCCAGCAAGGAAGAUUACUUGACGAGAAGAGUGGUGGUGUACCUAUUGUCUACGAGACUCCAACAAAGACAUGCAGCAUUGAUGAUGAUCAAAGAUCAGUGGUAUCCACAAGUAAGAAAUUGCGGCCAUGCUGUCAUGAUACAAGCUUCAGUGCUAAGAGAUUAAAGAGGAAGCUUAUGGCAUCUGAAAGUCAAUCCAGCAGGCAGGGUGCUGUUAUAAACUACAGCUCAUACCAUCACUGGUAUCAGUGUAAGCUGGAUAAUUCAAGCAGUACAAACCUAGAACAGUGGGCUGUUAAUAACAAAGAAAGAGUUACAAGUUUGAUAAUAACCCCUGGGAGUGAAGGGGGGCACUACUCCUUGGUACCUUGCGAUGAAUUGAUACUAUAUACCAGAAAAUCAUUCAAUGCAGUGGUCCAUAUGAACAAUGAUAAGCUGACCCUCAGAGGAAGAUAUUCUGCAAGAAAUUUCCUUAUUGAUGCAUCUCAUUCAGUCAGGAUUGGGGAUGUGGAGGAAGGUAGCUUGCAAGAGUACACUGGUGAUAGAGAUAAGAAGAGUGAUUACCAAGGCUUUGUGAAAAUGGUCAAUAAGGAGCUGUUUCAUGGAAAGGGAAAACCUGAUACUAUCACUCAGUGGUUAGCAUUACUGUUAGAAGCUAAAGUUGGGUGUGAGUUGCUACAGCACCAUUUUGCUUUGAUGGAGGGCCGGCAUGCAGCGGAGGUAUUGAUGUCCCUUAAUGACCUGCUCCUUGAUUUGGAGGUCAGUGACUACCCUGCUUACAAACAGGUUAUAUCGGAUUUGGCAAAAUACAAGGGCUGGCAGAAGAAAUGCUUACAGAUGACCUGCUUCCUCAAUGACACAUUUCUGAGCAAAGAUGAAGCUGGGCGUUUCAGGAGCACAUAUAGUGAUGAUGUGCCUGGCCUACUGAAACUUAUCCGGAAUUGUAGACAACACACAGCGAGGUCAGAGGAGGAACUAUUCGGUUACAUUGUGGGCCAUCUCUGCCCAAAUUUCAUGGGAGAUUUCCAGCAUGCCAUGCAUAGAGCUGGAUAUUUGAAGAAUCUCAAGCUGCAGUAUGUUAUGGGUUGAUUUGAGGAAAGCUUGUAUGUACGGGAAUAUGCCGAGAGCUUGCUGGGCACAUAUCGCCUCAACGCCCAAGCUCUGUAGUGAAGAACUAAGUCAUCCAUUCUAUUCCAGCUACAAUCGCCUCAAGGCCCUGGACAGAAGCUCUGUAGUGAAGAACUAAGUCAUACAGUCUCUUCCAGGUACAAUACUGCACAUGUAACAAAGUCAUUCAACUGUCCUCGACGCCCUGGACAGAAGCUCUGUAGUGAAGAACUAAGUCAUCCAGUCUCUUCCUGCUACAGUACUGCACAUGUAACAAAGUCGUUCACCUGUUCAGCAGGACACCUACAAUUGCGUUUGUUGUUUGCCAAUGGCUGUAUUUUGUACAAGACACCUACAAUUGCAUUUGUUGUUUUCCAAUGGCUGUAUUUUGUCAGA